AUGCUGACUGCACUGCAUGUAACACUUCCACGUGGACAAGCACGCCACGACCAGAGAUGCCCCAACAGGUGCAUUGUGGCGAAUGAAAACACAGGUGAAGUUUCCCUCAUCCCAGUCGUGCACCCGUCAGAGCGGGAACCCCUUUCCAGAGGCCCUGUGGACGACACCGACGACGAGGGGGAUGAGGUGCAGUUUUGUUUCGGCCACAUUUCCAUCAGCCCCCACCACAGUAGCAUUUUCGCUAAGCAGCUGGCUCCACUCCUCCAGGAAUUGUGGCGCUGUUUCCUCUGUUACCGGUGGGGGUGUGCAAACUCGGCAGCGAAGGAAAAAGAUAUCCGUAAGAGCCACUCAGGAUGCCCCCGUAGCAGUAACCCCGCGCGAGUUUCAGAAAAAGGAAGACCGUGGUGCAGGGUUUGUUCAAACGAGCUUUACUCUUUGACACGCUCUGUGUUCGUCUACGGAAGUCAGUCGACCACGGAUCGCCGAAGUCUGUUCAUUCAUCUAGCAAAGGCUACCGGACAAGCCUUAGUGCAGUACGUUGAUUUUGCCUCCCCUUUCUGUUGUGGUGAUCGCUGUAGUGUUUCAUUCUCGUUAGUUGAUUUGCACCAUCGAUGGGGUGUGCGGGAUGUACUGAAUAUCGACGAUGUAAGGCAGGGGUAUAGCGGCCCUCACCGCACGAGGCAGAGCCAAACGCAAGGAAGGUUGUGGGUACCGCCGAAGCGCGAGGGACUUAGUAACGGAGAAAACGUUUCGCAGCGCAUACUUUGCGCUAUUAAGCAGGCUGAGGCUCCACGGUCAUUGUGCACCUUUGCGGAAAGGGAGGACCAUACGUUACGAAGCACACUUGUGCUUACUUUCUUUAUUUCCAGGCACUCACAUGGCGCGGUUGAAUUAACCGCGGAUGGAGCUACACUCUGGGGACAUAAGCACUGCCAUCGGGAGAGGCGCAGAGAAGGUUCUGUGGAGGAAGCACGGAUCAACAUCAUCCUUCUCCCAGACAGUGUAGCGGCAGCUCGCGGUAGGCGUGAUGCUGAAGAAUCUCGUUCACUGGCACGGGUCCUCCAAGCAUGUGGAAGUUGGCGUAAAAAGGUGGAGGAGGGGGAAGAUCCUGCAAGCGCUGGGGCGGUACAUGGCCGGGAACCAGGUCGUGUUGGGUCGGUAUCCGGUGAUCGGUUUGGUGGUGAGGUACAGCCCCCGCACUCAGAGGUGACCUCGGUGUCGUUGUGUGCUUCGCCGCUACUAAGUCAUCUUUUCUAUACCACUGCACAUUACAUUUGUCACGUGGGAAGGGGUCUCUAUUCUUCGGACCUCCACAACCCGGAGGCGAAGAGGGUGGGGGCGGGCAAUUGUGCUGGGUGCAUCGGCGGUGCCGAACGGCACUCACCAGGGGUAUCUCCCCAUUGUAGUAGUUGUAACCCGUCAUUAUUUGGGUCAUGUGGCUCCAGCAUUGCCGUUGACUGCGUUGACGCAAGUCUUGGGAAAAGCAUUGUUGUGUGCUGUGUCAAUUCGGGACUGGAUCACCGCCCCCAAGUGCGUCAAGCUCUUUUCUUCGUUCAUCGUGUGACAGCCGGUGGAAAGUCUCAGGGCGCCACUCCCUGCGAAAGAAACAGCUUUGAGAAUUCUGGAUCAAUCAGUGAAGUCAGACAAUAUUUCCAGAAAAAAAAGGUGGAACGGGAAAACGUUUUUUCUUGUGAACACGGCAUGCGGCAAAGUCCGGAAAGACGGUCCGCUCCGAUCCCUCAGCCUAAUGAUACCACGAAACCUGUGUGCACAGAGUUAGGAGAGCGUCCUACCGAUUUCGCCGCGUCCCCCGGUGAUGCGGGCGCUCCCAGUGAUAGGAUCUGCAGCAAGAGCAAACAUUGCUGUGAGAAUCACGUGGAGCUGGGUUCCCCCAGUAGUGAGCCUCCGCAGACAACCCACACCGCAACGGGAAUGCAUCGUCUCCACAAGCGCACAGUCUUUGGAGGGUAUGAUGGGUAUCAAACAUAUAACUUUCCCCAUGUAAACCAUGACCAAAGUGAUAAGGACUGUUCUUCACAUGGAUUCUUAUUCGAUGUAGACAAGAACAUGAGUGCACACUCGAGAGUUGUGGAAGAAGCUGCAUCAAAGGGAAACCAGCUCUCAGGUCUGAGCCGAGGGUGUACUCGGUUCUGCACGCCGGGCGACGCACACAGUCCCCUUACACCACACGCGAGACAUAUGCCCGGUGAAUCCUCGACGUAUAAUUGCAGUGCAGCUCGCGCCGCGUUGCUUGGGGAAGGACAUACGGAAGAGGAGGAAGAAAAAAAACGUCCCUGCGGUAACGUUGCUCAACUGCCGCGCUCGCAAGUGAGUGCCAGCGAGGGGCUGAACAUCUCCGGUGGGCUGGUGGGGUGGGCGAAGGGAUCUCACGAACACUGCAAGGGACCCGCGAGUGCAAUGAAAAGGACCGACGAGUUGGCACACGCAUAUUGGGACCUCAUUGAAGCGGAGGUGGAAACCCAUGAUUCGAUAGAUCAUUACGUUAGACACCAUGUGGUCGCACCACCACGCACCUCUUCUUCACCUGAACCGCAACGGGAAGUGCCCUUAUGGAAGGAAGGACGCGUGGAAGAAGACAGGAAGUCGCUCGGUAUGCCAGAGACGCUGCUGCUGCGAAAAAAAAAUGUUGAUAAGUCGACGACAACAGCCGCCACAUCGACAGAACAGCGUGUUGAGAAAAUGAUCAAUAAACUGGAGGUGCAACUUCUCCUUUUAGGGUACCGGCUCUUCCUUUCUGGAUUAUCAGAAGAUGCAGAUCCCGUAUAUGUUGCGGAAAGCCGUGAUCUGACACGUGACGAGGGAAGUGCCCACGCCAGCAACCACACGGGCGUCCACCUUCCAAAACACAUUUUUGACACGCUAGCAUCCAACCUAGCGCAGCAACCGGGAACCCUUGGCAAAUCUGAGAGCUAUCGUGUGGCUGGAAAGACCACAUUUGAACAAAGCCUUUGUUGGAAGUGUCUUGCACAUCGACACACUCGAAAAGACGAUGCGUAUAGAAGGUUUCUGGAUGUGCUUCAGGCAUUGUGCGGGCGUAUCACCCGUGAAGGGUGGCUUGACCGUACAUCUCCAUUCGCGGAGGAAGAGCAGGAGGAGCGGAUGGGUACUGGAGAACUAUCAAGGAACUUGCCCUUCUCUGUUUCGUCUAUGGAGCAGCGUGAAUCAUCGUUAUUACUGCAGGCUAGCAAGCUUACAACGGCGCUGCAUCAACGGCGGACCCACAAGCAGCAAGUGAUACAUGAUGAUGCAUGUAUGCAAAUAGCAGAGUUGCAGGAGGAACUGAGGAGAGAACGAGAGCAGCGCCGAAAGCUGCAGGAAGAGCUCGCAGAACUUCGUUUUCGGACAAGCAAAUAUAAGGCCAAGCUCUCUUUCAUUGACAGUACAUUGAAGCCAAUGGUCACCAAUGGAAUCAAGGAACUGGAGGCAAUGAUCAGUGAGCGAAAGAGGAUGCGGAGGUCUUCACGGGAGGGAGGGCGGAGUGGUGACGGGAUAGAACCGUAA